AUGUUGUCAGGCACAACCACCGUGAACUUCGUUUUCGCAUUUGUUAGCAGUGUUUUUGUGAUGGGCACCGGUACAGUAAACACGACAGAUACCAUAGGAUUUGUGGAAGAAGACAACCAACGCGACACCAUCUCUCUACUCAUCAGUUGCUUCGCCACCCUUGGUCUAUGCGUCUACUCAGCGGUACAUUUGAACGUACCGCGCAAAGCUGAAGGCAGCUACCGAACACUGCUCCGAGAGUUUCAGUGGUGUGUGCUUGGCUUAUUUGCGCCUGAGUUAAUACUCUACACCGCUUGGAGGCAACUGGCUUCUGCACGCCAGUUACGAUACGAAAUCGAGCAAACGACGGUAAUAACUGGGGGAGAUGCUCCCAACACACCUAAACGUGCCCCAUGGACUAUCGCGCACGGCUUCUAUGGUACUAUGGGAGGCUUCGCAAUCGACCUCGACGAUCCCCAUGAUCAAUACAAGCCUCUAUUUGGCGGCUUCAAACGCCUCACAUUAACUGCCCGCGGUGUUGUGCUACUCACGAAAUGCGGACACCUACCAGAAGUCUCGCUUCAUGAUAUUCAAGACAAGAACAAGGCUGAUGGCCUUGCUAAGCUACUCGUAUGUGUCCAGGCGGGCUGGAUGAUUGUACAAGUUAUAAGUCGAGCAGCCACUGGUCUACCGACUACACUGCUCGAAGUCCACGUGGUGGCUCAUGUCGUCUGUGCCUUGAUAAUGUACGUUCUGUGGUGGCACAAACCUUGCCAAGUCGAAUCGCCGACCGUCCUCAAAGGCGAGUGGUUGUCAUUGGCUGCGUACAUGUACCUAGCAAGUCGAAUGAGUGGUGAAAAACCAUCAGGCAGAUUUUCUCGUUUUCGCUCAGCUACUCCUGAGCUCGCGAAGCUUGCCUAUUUCGGAGGGGGAGAGGCAUCCGACGACGGUCAUCGUCAUGACACUGUAUUUGCUGUAGACGGUCGAUUUGGUCUACGACCAAGUAGCCAGCCGUCUGAACGCGAUCGCGGGCCCAUGUCGCCUGCACCGGACAUGGAAUUUACCUCGGAAGUAAGACGUCUGGCAGCGAAAGCCGUCGGACUCUACCCAUAUCUAGAAGCUUCACUCACCCAACAAACCGAUGCGAACGUUCAGCAAUAUUCACUUCUCUAUGUGGGCGAGCUGGUGCAGCCAAAUGCCCUUGACUGGCCUAACGAAGGCCUGUUACGAAGCACCCAGUCUCUAAUUAUGGGUAUGGUACUCUGGGGUGCGUCGAUGGCGUAUGGUGCCAUUCACGUCGCUGCUUGGGACUAUUUCUUCCCUACCGCACUGGAACAGCUAUUUUGGCGGAUGAGCUCCAUCUGGGUGACGUUCUGUGCAGCCUUCUGGCUUAUAACAUUUAACAACACCUUACUUUCUCGCGGCUCCGGCUUACUUUUAGCCUUAUCCAUGCCCUCUAUACCAGCAAAACGCAAGCCCGAGGCUGCCGAAGAAGCUGAUACUCCCUUCAAGCGAGCACAACGUACGCGCAAACCUACGCUCAAAGCGCUGUUGGGUGACGGCAGCCAGCCAACCCAGCCGAUAGAGCUGCCAGAAAGUACGCCGGAUCCGCCUACAGAGCCGCCUACACAAGUUAUCGAGCCGCCCACACGGGCUAUUGAACCGCCAUGUAAGCCUGUACAACAACCCGAGGAGCGCCCUCGGCGGGCAUCACCACUGCCUAUUUUGGCUGCCUCACAAGCCUCUCGGCUCACUGAUGAGCCAGCCUGGGAGUCGCAGUUAAUGUUUGAUAAGCCAGAGGACUCUAUUGUACAGCCUUUAGCUUUCUCUAGCGCUGCCACUGAGGCUUCGGUGGAGGAGGAUAGCGCUGUGAGCGUCGAUUUUCGCGACUUUGAGGGCGUCGAUUGGUCGCGAUUAAAGGGGUUUGUCGCGCCGCUGAGCACUCCACGAGGCAAGGCAAGCUGGAUUUUUCAACACGGCUGGCGUGUCUGGAAGGAGGGUACUCACCACCCAGAUGAGUUCUACCUAAUGGUGUACACCGAGUAA